AGGAGACUUUGUCCAGAGGGGACGGCGUGGAGGAGACUUUGUCCAGAGGGGACGGCGUGGAGGAGACUUUGUCCAGAGGGGACGGCGUGGAGGAGACUUUGUCCAGAGGGGACGGCGUGGAGGAGACUUUGUCCAGAGGGGACGGCGUGGAGGAGACUUUGUCCAGAGGGGACGGCGUGGAGGAGACUUUGUCCAGAGGGGACGGCGUGGAGGAGACUUUGUCCAGAGGGGACGGCGUGGAGGAGACGUUGUCCAGAGGGGACAUCCUGUUAAGCAUGUCAAAUCGCUAAUGUUUUGGCUUCAGCAACAUUUAGGUCCCUUCACAGAUGUCGUCACCACCAACCUGAAGCUGAAGAACCCGUCUGAUAGAAGAGUAUGUUUCAAAGUGAAGACCACAGCUCCCAAGAGAUACUGUGUACGGCCCAACAACGGCAUCAUAGAUGCAGGUGCUACCGUCACCAUCUCUGUAAUGCUCCAGCCCUUCGACUACGACCCCAACGAGAAAAGUAAACACAAAUUCAUGGUCCAGAGUAUCUUUGCGCCUCCUAAUGUGGCUGAGGUGGAUGCAAUGUGGAAAGAUGUGAAACCUCAUGACCUCAUGGAUUCCAAGCUGAGAUGUGUAUUCGACCUGCCUUCUGAAAACAAUGAAGUGAUCGACGUGGAGUUGAGCAGCAACGCCACGGCUCCCGUGCUGAACUCGUCCAAGGCGGCUCCCGUGCUGAACUCGUCCAAGGCGGCUCCCGUGCUGACAGCGGCGAAGACCGCCAGCGUCUUGACCAACGGCUCUGAGAUGAAGAACCUCACAGAGGAAUGCAGGAGACUUCAGGCUGAGAUGGACAAGCUGACCGGCGAAAACCGUCAACUCAAGGAUGACGGUGUUAGAAUGAGAAGGGCUGCCCAGCGUUCUGACCACAUGACAUCAAACCAGACGGGCUCCUCCUCCUCCAUGAUGCAACAGACGACCGCCGCCUCCCUCCCCUCUCUCCUCGUUGUCAUAGCAGCCAUCUUCAUCGGAUUCUUCAUCGGGAAGUUCAUCUUGUAAACUGGAGCUUGCUCUGAAAUGACACCCUAUUUUCUAUUUUGUGCACAAUUUUUUUUUUUGGAGCAGAACCGAUAGGGAGUCCUAUAGGGGCCUCAGGUUCAAAGUAGGGCACUACAUAGGGAAUAGGGUGCCAUUUCGGACAGCGCGCCCUGGGAGACGCAAGACGCCUGCCGUAUCUAAUGACAACCCCUCGGCUCCUGAAUCAAAAGGCCAAAAAGGUGGAACUGACUAACCAAGAAGGAAAGACUAUGUUGCCGUAUCAGAAGCUCUGUCUGCAGUGGCCAUGUUGUCUGUCUGUACAGUACGAGGGCCCCCACUGCCUUUCUAUAAGCCUUUACACAUGGUUAGUGUACACACAGAGGGGAGAGAGGAAAGGAAGGAAGGAAAAAGAUGGUUCCGUUUUAGUUUUUUUUUGCUUUGUUUUUGAUGGAUGGACAGAUAGCCUAAGUGCAGGUAUGAGAUGUACGUACCGAAUAGCACCUUAUUCCCUGUAUAGUACACUACUUCUAAUGGUCCUGGUCAACAGUAGUGCACUACACAGGGAAUAGGGCGCCUUUUGGGGACACACAGGAAGUGGUACACUAUCAAUCAACACGGAGGACAGUUUAUGACGUGCCUAGGCCCUGUUAGAGUACUUUAACACACCGUUCCUACCUUAUGAGGUAAGCAUAGCUCCAUUAGUGGUUAGAUCGGUGAAAAGACCCCCCUAUUACUUUACCCAAUUCAGAUCUGUGAUUCCUUCAAGGAAGAUGGGUAGGAAGGAACUAUGCAUGAUGGGUAGGAAGGGAACUUAUGCAUGAUGGGUAGGAAGGGAACUUAUGCAUGAUGGGUAGGAAGGGAACUUAUGCAUGAUGGGUAGGAAGGAAACUUAUGCAUGAUGGGUAGGAAGGAAACUUAUGCAUGAUGGGUAGGAAGGAAACUUAUGCAUGAUGGGUAGGAAGGAAACUUAUGCAUGAUGGGUAGGAAGAACUAUGCAUUUCAUAAGUAUUGGAACACGGUCCUAGUCACCAUGGGGGCAUGAAGUAGUUGAAUAAACCAAUCGUCUUCUCUCGCUCUCUCCCUCUUUUUUUUAAUUAUAAAAAAAAUAAAAAAUAGAACUUGAAUGAAAUGUUAAGUGAAAAAUGUUAUUUUAAUCCUUUUUUAAGCUAAAAAGGAGAGAACUACUUCUUCCGUUGUCCAAACACAGACCACCUCGCUACUUAAUGCAGGAUCGCCUCUGAUUUAGUCCGUACAAAAUGGUACUCCUAUUCCCUGUAUAAUGUCCUGCUUUUCACCAGGGCCCGUAGGGCGAUCUGGCUUGAAGUAGUGCACUAUAUGGCUGGAUGGAUAUAUGGACGGACGGAUAGAUGGGGUGCCAUUUGGGACGGAGACAUCGACUACUUGAUUUGUUCAGUUUAGUAAUUUCUCUACUUUUUCUCUGGGAAAUGUUUCUAGUCCAUCUGGGACAUAGGUCCUUCCCUACUUCCUGUCCAAUCCUAGCCCUACUUCCUGUCCAAUCCUAGCCCUACUUCCUGUCCAAUCCUAGCCCUGAUGAUACGAAUGCAGACUUUAUUAUUAUUAUUGUUUUUCUCAUCAUGUUACAUCCCUCCUUACCUUCUGAGGCAACUGUUCUUAACCCCAUCCCUCCCAUGGUAUUGCAUUGAAGAAAUAAACCUGAAAACAAUGUUG